AUGGCGCGACCAAGCUGGCUGUCGUCAUUGACGCAGCAUGGCUCAGAUCCGCCGUACAUGCUGCAGCUCAGGAGCUCGGAUGGCUUCAUCAUUGGGACAGUUGCGUUGGCUGUCUUUACCGACAUGUUCCUGUACGGCGUCAUCGUACCCGUCAUCCCAUUCGCCAUUCAAACACGCUGUCACGUCGAACACGAUAGAGUUCAGUACUGGGUUUCCGUCCUUGUUGCCAUCUACGGAGCCUCCUUACUUGCUUUCUCUCCCAUUUGCGGCUGGCUUGCUGACCGUGGCUCUUCCCGGCGAUCUCCGCUCCUCUUGGGCCUCCUUGCCCUCCUUGGAUCAACUGUCUUGCUCAACAUCGGAAACUCGACGGGCAUUUUGAUUGUAGGACGCAUUCUGCAGGGAGCAUCGGCUGCUGUUGUUUGGGUAGUAGGCCUUGCUCUCCUAGCGGAUACCGUACCCCAAGAGCGCCUUGCUACAGCUACGGGAUGGCUGAGUCUGGGCAUGUCACUUGGCAUUCUUAUUUCUCCCUUGCUGGGCGGAGUCGUCUACGAUCAUGCUGGCUAUGAUGCUGUCUUCGGCAUGGCAUAUGCGCUGAUUGGGUUGGAUAUUGUGCUCCGACUAUUGCUUGUCGAGAAGAAAGUUGCCGCACGGUGGGAUCCAACUGUCACAGGGCGAGGCCCUGUUACUGCGGGGGCAGAAAUGAGCGAAGUUGGGACGACGUGUUCCCAGCCUUCAGACCUGGAAAGAGAGGUGCGGGCCGCUUCAGGCCAACCACAACCAAAUUCUGUGGAGGCGGGUCUGCCUGGUUCGCUGAGCCCGCCCCGUCAACGUCGACGCGAUCGCCUUCCACCCGUUCUAUCGCUACUAUACUCGCGUCGACUUCUCGCCGCGCUCUUCUGCUCCAUGAUCCAAGCUGCCAUGAUGACCUCCUUCGACUCGGUCCUCGCCAUUCACGCAGCGAAUAUUUUCGACUGGUCCUCAACCGGCGCGGCCCUUCUUUUUCUCCCAAUCGUGAUUCCAAGUUUCCUCGCCCCCUUUUUUGGCUGGAUCAGCGACAAGUACGGGGGCCGCUACAUGGUGGCUUUGGGCUUUCUCGGCGCCUGUCCUCCCUACAUCAGCCUACGCUUCGUCAACGAGAACACGAUCAAGGACAAAGUGCUCGUUUGUGCGUUGCUCGCUGUGACGGGGCUGUUUCUCGCGCUUACCUUUCCCCCCAUCAUGGCAGAGAUCUCGGGCGUUGUGGAAGCUAAAGAGAAGAGCUUGCUUGCAAGUGGUCGUCCUGGCUUUGGGCCAGGAGGUGCUUAUGCGCAGGCUUAUGCCCUGUUCAACGUUGCAUUUGCUGCAGGAACUACGCUAGGGCCGCUGGCGGCAGGCUUCAUUGUGCAGGAUGAAGGGUGGGCUACCAUGGCUUGGGUGAUGGGAAUGCUAUCAGCCAUCACUUCGGUGCCAGCUGUCCUGUGGAUGGGGGGAUGGCUGUUCCGAAAGAAGUAA